AUGGACCACUGUUCUGGAACCGCGAGCGCUCCCGCAAGGUCCCGCUGGCCCGUGGCCUACAACCUCGCCAAGCCCAACCUCCCCUGCCGCAUCAAGGGCGAGGUUCAGGACCUGGUUGUGCUCGACGAGAUCCCUCCCAAGAUCGACGGGGCAUCCUACCGCGUCAUGACGGACCCGCUCGUACCGCCGCACCCGGGCAACGUGCCCCUUGACGGAGACGGCAACAUCUCGGUCUUUCGGUUCGGCAACGGCCGCGUCGACAUGAAGAUGCGCUGCAUCGAAACGAAGCGAUACCUGCUCGAGCGCGUCGCCUGCAAGGCGCUGUUUGGCCUGUACCGCGGGCUGCCCUACGAGGACGAGCCGUACGCGCUCGACACGCUCGGCUCCAACCCUUUUGGCCAGGUCAAGGCCAAGACUUUCACCGCCCACCCAAAGGUUGGCCCCUUCACCGAAGAGCUCGUCGUCUUCGGCUACGAGGCCACGGUACUCGCGUUCAACGGCAUCGUCAUAUACACCCUCGACAGGGACGCGUCAAGCGCCAGCGUUGAGCGCAUGAAAAAUGGCAGCCACCACUGGGCCUGGGACUGCACCAAGCCCUCCGCCUUUGUCGUCAUGCCCCGCCGCGCCUCCUUGACGACGCCGCUGCCGCCCGGGCGGAAAGAGGGAGAGUCGCGCGUGUACGAGUGGGACAACUCGAUGCUCAUCCAUACGGGCGCCGCCUGGGAGAGCGACGACGGCGCGACCGUGCACCUCGAGACCUCGCGCGUCAUGGACAACCACUUAGGUAUCGUUGACGUGCCGGCCGAGUUCCCCCGCAUCGACGAGCGCUUCCUGACCAAGAAGCACGAUAUGAUCUUCGCCAACAAAAAAAAAGAAGUUCCCAUACACCGCCACUCGACCGGCGGGAUGCGCUACUUCCACGCAGCCCCGGGCUCGCUCGUCCAGGAGCUUGCCUUCAUUCCGCGCUCCGCCGACGCGCCCGAGGGCGACGGCUGGGUUGUGGCCAUAGUGGAGCGCCGGGGCCGAGAAGCGCAACGACCUAGUACUGCUCGACAUAACUGGGUGGACCAGGCAAGGCUGGAGGAGCGGCGCUCGCUGGUGAGGGAGACAUGCCCGCUAAAGAUCAGUGGCUAG